GGGUAUAACGUAAUACCACUUCCAUCGCCCAUUCGUUCAGGCGCAUCUUUUCUUGCUUUGUCUUCCCAUCAGACUAUAUCCCUACAUCCCCCUCUUCGCUCCUUACCCCGCCCCUCCCCCUUCGCGCCAUGGUCCCCUCAACCGUUGCCGCUCUCCUUACCGUUUUCGCUACUGGCGCCCUCGCCCACUCUGGCUGUGGUGGUCAUGAAAUAGGCCGACGAAACCUCGGCGGUCGUACCAUCCAGGCUCGAGCCGUGACCGACGAGGCCAGCGCUGCUGAGAGCACUGACGUCGCGACUGAGUGUACCUACUACAGCUACGAGCCUGCCACCUCCGUCACCUCUCAAUUCCCUACAAUCUGGGAGUCUGCUAGCCUCCUGUCCAACGAUACUGAAGCUACCGAGCUCUUCUCCAAGAUCAACUCCACCCUCAACGAGAAACUUCCCGAUGACGUCCCCCACGGAACUUCCACUGGUGACUGGACUGGUGUCAACUACGACAGCAGCGACCCCGACUGUUGGUGGACUCACGCCAAGUGUGACACUCCUUCUAGUGACACUGGCUUGGACGCCGAUAUUACUGUUUCGCCCGAGCCAGAGACUUGGGGUUUGGGUUUCGAUGAUGGACCCAACUGUAGCCACAACGCUUUGUACAACUUGCUCUUGGAGAACGACCAGAAGGCCACCAUGUUCUUCAUCGGUUCCAACGUCAUGGACUGGCCUCUCCAGGCUUUGCGUGCCUACGACGAGGGCCACCAGAUCUGUGUCCACACCUGGUCUCACCAGUACAUGACCGCGCUCUCCAACGAAGUUGCUUUCGCCGAGCUCUACUACACCCAGAAGGCCAUCAAGGCUAUCCUCGGUGUGACUCCCCAGUGCUGGCGCCCUCCUUUCGGCGAUGUCGACAACCGAAUCCGUAUGAUCGCCAGCAUGCUCAACAUGACCACCAUCGUCUGGUCCGACGACACUGAUGACUGGGCUGCUGGCUCCGACGGUAUCACUGAGGAGGACGUCAACAACAACUACCAGACCAUCAUUGACGCUGCUGGCAAGGGCAACUACUCUACCCACGGCCCCAUCGUCCUCAACCACGAGCUCAGUAUGUCUUCUUAUCGCUCUCUUUUCGCUCUUGUCUGACAUUGUGAUAGCCAACUACACCAUGUCUGUCUUUGAGACCUACUACCCCAAGAUCAAGGCCGCGUUCAAAUACGUCGUCCCUAUCUGCACUGCCACCAACACCUCUCAGCCGUACGCCGAGACCAACGUUACCUGCCCUACUUUCGAAUCUUACAUUGCUGGUACCACAAACACCAGCAGCAGCACCGUCAACACCGAUGGUACCACUGCCGCCAACUCUAGCUCUUCCAGCGAGUCUUCGGACGCCAGCUCUAGCGCUAGUGCCAGCGGUAGCGACAGCAGUAGCAGCAGUAGUAGUAGCAGUGCUGCUUUCCGUGACGGCGUUUCCGGCAUGGGUGUCGUCUUUGCCGGUCUGGUUGCCGGUGCCGUCUUGCUUUAGACAGCACGUUAUAAUAUGUCUUGGACAUUAUUUAGAGGGGUGAUCAUGGAGGUGUUCAUGUCUUGACACAUGUAGCAAAAACGGACAAUAUAUAAAAUGCAUUUGCAUUCACGAUCU